UCUCUCUCAAUUUUUGGUCAUCUUUCUUUAACUUUGUGUUUGUUAUUUUUAAGCUGUUUCGCCUUUUUUUUUGUGUUUUGUUUUGCAAUUAACGAAUUUUUUUGAUAAUGGAUCAAAAAGAUGAAAAGUUGAUUCAAAUGCCGAAAUUGGAUAAAACCAGCUUCAAUGAUUGGCGCGACAUAUUGACAGAUGUUCUGGAAUCGCUGAAAUUAGCAAAAUUUGUCGAAGAAUCUUCGUAUGUCGGAACGGCUGAAUUUUCUGUUGAUGUAUUGGCCAAAAUAGCAAGAGUUAAAACAAUCAUCAAGACGUCAAUCAGUAUUGAAGACCGUCAGCUAAUAAGGUCCUGUUCGAAUCCGGUGGAGAUGUUAAAAGAACUUGACCAGAAAUAUCGAGGUCCUUGCGCAAAGUCUGCGUGGGAGUUAUUAGUUGACUGGGAUGAUGUGACUUUUGAUGGAUCGGUAUCCGGUUUAUUCAGUAAACUGCGUGAGUUAUUUGUACAAUUUGAAGAAAAAGACUUGGUUUUGCCUCGUUAUUUUAUCAAUGCCAAGGUUCGAAAGUUAUUGCCACCGGAAUAUGACGAAUGCCGACGUUUAUUAAUGGUUUAUAAUGGUGGGCGUGUUGAAUCUGAAUAUAUGACGGACAAGCAGUUUGAAGCUGAAAUCCUAAAAUUUGAGCGAGAUUUGAAGAGCAAAAGUUUGCGGGAUUCAACUGCAUUGGUAUCGGUUUCAAAGAAGAAACAGUAUGUUUUUCGUGGAAAAUGUAAUUUCU